GUUCUCUCCUUGUCGCCUCCACACCCAAGCGAGCUGAGCUGGGUGGAGGCAGAGGGGGUGGGGCUCCCUUGUGCUGUCCUGUGAUGCUGUAUCCACCGCAGGCAAAUGCAUCCUGAAAUUGAUUCUGAGCAGUUCUGACUGGUCCUGGUCCUGCCAUGCCCGUUCCACUGCUCCCGUUGAUGCUUCGAUCGCUGCUAUCACGCCUGCUGCUGCCUGUUGCCCGCCUGGCCCGUCAGCACCUCCUGCCCUUGCUGCGCCGUCUGGCCCGCCGACUGAGCUCCCAAGACGUGAGAGAGGCUUUGCUGAGCUGUCUGCUGUUUGUCCUCAGCCAACAACAGCCACCGGAUUCUGGAGAGACCUCUAGAGUGGACCACUCCCAGAGGAAGGAGAGAUUGGGUCCCCGGAAGUGAAGCCAUGGGUCCCUGAAGCAGCCACGUCCAUCAAAGUACCUUUUGGAGCGGGUUAGUUCAGGCACCCGCUUGAACUGGAGCAUGCCCGGUGGGCGAAGACGGUCAGGGCUGAGUGUCAGAGGGUUCUGACCCGAACAGCUCCCACUCCCCUAGCACCUAGAGGUCUACAGAUUGUGUUGUUGCCCUUGCUCCCCGCAGCUCCCUUUGCCUUAUCUCUGGCCUCCAGGGUGGAUCUGCAAAUGAAGGAGGUAUCCAGGUCAGUUAAGAGAUGGUGUUUCACUUAAGACUAAAGACAAUUUAGCUAAGAGGUGGUAUUUAGAUCCAAACUGUCCAGUCUAAGACCUUGCCUCCCUUUAAGAGACUUAAAUACUUUCAAAGCUUAGUCAAUAAAUGACUGUGUGUUGUU